AUGACAUUGCAGACAGAACCAGAAGAAAUAGACAGUUCAUUGAAUGCGACCAGCGUACUUCCCGAUACUGUCGAUAUUGAAAAGUCUGUGACUACGGAUCAAGAUGCGCCUCCAGAGGAAAAUACACGUCCUGGCGCAAAAGCUGGGCUAUCGCUCGCUCAGUUCUGGAUUGUCAUGUUUGGCCUGAGCGUAGGCAUGCUUUUGGCCGCCCUGGAUUUUAACAUCGUCGCGACGGCCGUUCCCAUCAUCUCGUCCGAAUUCAAUGCCUACAACAAUUCGUCCUGGCUGGGAACUGGAUUCCUCAUCUCAUUUACCCUAGUCUUGCCCCUGUACAGUAAGAUUGGUGACAUUUUUGGACGCCGCAACAUGUUCAUGCUUGGGACGCUCGUUUUUAUCCUUGGAAGCGGUUUAUGCGGUGGCUCCAAGAGCAUGAACAUGCUGGUCUGGUCCCGAGUGAUCCAGGGCAUAGGUGGAGGUGGUAUCUAUGGGCUGGUCAAUGUCAUCCUUACCGACCUCGUUCCCCUCCGCGAUGUGGGAAAAUUCGCCACUUGGCGUUGGUGCUUCUAUGUCAACUUAUGCAUCUCCCCCAUCAGCCUCAUCAUCACUUUUUUCUACCUGCGCAUCCCCACCCCUAAGAUCGACAAGGAGCGUAUCAAGAACUUCGACAUUAUUGGCACCAUAACCCUAACAGGGGGUACCGUCUGCCUCCUUCUCGCCAUCUCCUGGGGCGGCAAUAGCUUCCCCUGGAACUCCUCCCACGUCAUCGGCUGUUUUAUCGGCGGUUUCGCGCUCCUCCAGGCCUUUGCGAUCUGGGAGCACUACGCCAAAGAUCCCCUCAUGCCGCCCGUCUUUUUCCGCAACCGUGCCAUCGUGGCCAUUCUAUUUGCCGAGUUCUUCUACGGGGCUAACCUCCUCGGAAUGAUGUACUACGUGCCCCAAUUCUUCCAGCUCGUGUACGGCGACUCCGCAACCAUGUCCGGCGUCGCUCUCCUCCCGAUGAUGCUGGGCCUGCAAAUCGGUAACCCCCUGGAACGUCUUGCAUUCAAACCUGCAGAAUCUCACCCUGACGUCGGAGCAAGUUGGCGUCAUCCUUACGGAUGUGCAGAGGGUCAAGACUUUGUUUGA